AUGCCUUUUGCACAGCUAGUAGUAGGGUCUCCCGGCGCUGGGAAGAGCACCUACUGUGAUGGGAAGGAGACUAACCGCGUCAACCUUAAAGUGCAUCAAUUUCUAGGCGCAAUAGGGAGAGCCUGUUCUGUAGUAAACCUUGACCCGGCCAAUGACCAUACAAGCUAUCCGUGUGCCCUAGACAUCCGGAAUCUCGUCACACUGGAGGAAAUCAUGGGAGACGAUAACUUGGGGCCAAACGGUGGCAUCCUCUACGCUAUUGAAGAGCUGGAGCAUAAUUUUGAGUGGUUGGAAGAGGGUCUGAAAGAGCUUGGGGACGACUACAUACUAUUCGACUGCCCGGGCCAGGUCGAGCUGUACACACAUCACAAUUCAUUGCGCAAUAUCUUCUUCAAGUUACAAAAGCUCGGCUACAGACUUGUGGUUGUUCACCUCUCGGACAGCAUUUGCCUCACUCAACCAUCGUUGUACAUCUCGAAUCUCCUCCUCGCUUUGCGCGCCAUGCUCCAGAUGGAUCUUUCCCAUGUCAACGUCCUCACCAAGAUCGAUAAGGUUUCUUCCUAUGACAGACUCGCCUUUAACCUCGACUUUUAUACCGAGGUCCAAGAUCUUUCGUACCUCCUCCCCGAGCUCGAGGCAGAGAAUCCCUCGCUACGCAGUGAAAAGUUUGCCAGGCUAAACCGAGCCGUCGCAAACUUGAUUGAAGACUUUGGACUCGUCCGCUUCGAGGUCUUGGCCGUCGAGAACAAGAAAAGUAUGAUGCAUCUGCUCCGGGUGCUCGAUCGUGCCAACGGGUAUGUAUUUGGUGGGGCCGAGGGAGCGAACGAUACCGUUUGGCAGGUGGCCAUGCGCAACGAGGGCUCCCUGAUGGAUGUCCAGGAUAUUCAGGAGCGCUGGAUCGAUAACAAAGAGGCUUAUGACGAGAUGGAGCGGCGUGAAUGGGAGGAACAAGUCAAGGCCCAAGAAGCCAUGGCCGAAGCCGAGGCAGCGGCGGCUGAAGAGGACGAUGACGGCUUGAUGGGAGGCCCAGGUGCUCGGUUCCCAGACAGUGGCAUUACAGUGACUCGGACAAAGAAGUGA